CAACCACCACGUCCCCUGAGCCCCAGUCGCCGCGGUGAUUUUGCAGUAGUCGGCCACCAUGGUCGCCGUCUGCACUGUCGUUCUCUUGCUCUCCACGCUCGUUCUCGGUGAAUCCACAACACAUUCCUUGCGAGUUCAUGAAAGACGGGAUGCCGCCCCGUUGGGCUUUACUCACAGCGGCGCAGCAAACGCAGACCAUAUGCUGAGUCUGCGUAUUGGUUUGGUGCAGAAUAACCUACAGGGGUUGUAUGAUGCGUUGAACGAUGUGAGUGAUCCGUCGAGCGACAAGUAUGGUCAGCAUCUGUCGAGGGAGGAGGUCGAAGCCUUUGUCGCGCCCACGUCGGACAGCUUCUCAGCUGCAACAACGUGGUUGAACAAGAACGGGCUAAACGCCACCGCGGUCUCUCCCGCCCGGGACUGGCUCGCAGUCAAUAUCUCCGUUUCACAGGCCAACUCGCUCCUCUCCGCAGAAUACUCGCUCUUCACGCACGACGCUACCAGUACGGAGACCAUUCGCACGCUCGAAUAUUCGCUCCCUACGGACCUGCAGGCCCACAUUGACUGCGUCCACCCGACGACCACAUUCCCUUCGGUGAUCAACCACUCACCUAUCCUGGAGUCCUGGACGAGGCGCGAGGAUACCGGAGAAGUCGAGGCACGCGACGUCACGCCCUGCGGAUCCGGUAGCCCGAACAUGGUACCGGAAUGCCUGCAGGCCAUGUAUGGGAUUCCAACAACCCCGGCUACUCAGUCCUCCAACCAGAUAGCGGUGACUGGGUAUGAUGGCAUCUAUGCAGAGCAGGCGGACUUGCAGAGUUUCCUAACGGCGUACAGACCCGAUGUUAGCAACACCACGACUUAUUCUGUCAUCAGCGUAAACAACGGUACGGACCCGCAGUGGAGAGAGAACGCGGGGACCGAGGCGAAUCUUGACAUCGAGUACGCUGUCGGUCUCGCAACUAACGUUUCUGCCUACUUCGUCACCGUCGGCGGCUCCUUCGACGAUGCCCUGCUCGACGCUGCAAACUACCUCCUCAGCAUGGACAGCCCACCGCAAGUCGUGUCCACCAGCUACGGCGAUAACGAAAACGUGCUCUCUGAGAAGCUCGCAAACUCCAUUUGCAACGCCUACGCUCAGCUGGGUGCGCGGGGUGUCUCCAUCCUCUACGCUUCUGGCGACGGCGGUGUGUCCGGCAACCAGGCAUCCGACAACUGCACGGAGUUCGUGCCUGUCUUCCCUGCGAGCUGUCCCUAUGUGACCACCGUCGGCGCGACGACCGAGCAGCCCACCGAGAUCGGAGCAAGCUUCUCCGGGGGUGGCUUCUCGAACUACUUCGCACAGCCCGCCUACCAGUCCGCCGCCGUCGCCUCGUACCUCAGCGCGCUCGGGUCGAACUCGAGCGGGCUCUUCAACACGACCGGCCGCGCAUACCCGGACGUGUCGGCGUACGGCACGCGGUACGACAUCAAGUCCGGCGCGGUGUCGCUCAUCGUGAGCGGGACGAGCUGCUCGACGCCGACGUUCGCGGCGAUCGUCGCGCUGCUGAACGACCAGCUGCUCAGCGCGGGCAAGAGCGUGCUCGGGUUCUUGAACCCGUGGCUGUAUAGCACCGCGGCGGGUAUGGGCGCGCUGAAUGAUGUCGUGGGCGGGAACAACCUCGCGUGCAGCGGGGGUACGACUGGGUUUUACGCCGCGCAGGGAUGGGAUCCUGUUACGGGGCUUGGCACGCCGAAUUUCACCCUACUCGCAUCUGCCGCGGGCCUCUGAGCCGUGGAAUAUUGCAUGAAACUUUGACUUUGCCUCUUGCAUGUAUCUUGCAUUCAAGCUUCUGUCGCUCAUGUUGCAUGUUCUCUACGGGACUUCGAGCUUACAUACAUGUUCUUUGUCA